GAUCGGUCGAGCUCGUACUCUAGAUCGCCACCAUCCAGGCGCUUGGAUUCAAGUGACAAGGAGGCCUAUCAGAAACGCGCUGGUAGCAGUCAAAGACGCGAUAGGGACGUUUCGGGAGACAGAAACUAUACUGACCGCAUAUCAGCAUCGCCUCUUCGUCAUUCGAGUGAUAGAGAUGGCGGAGAUGACCGAGAUGACCGCAGGCAUAGUCGAAGGGGGAGGCGUGACGAUUCCAGAGGACGAUCCGACAGGUACGUGUCCAGUGAAAGAAGGCCGAGUGGUGGUAGGAAUGGCAGGUCACGAGAUAGUACCUCCCGUGAGAGAGUGAGAAGCAGAGGGCGCCGAAGCGCCGAUAGAAUCCGUGAGAGAAGUAGAGAUAAGCGGAACAGUAGCAGUGAGAGGCACACGAGCGGUAGGAGACGUGACAGAACCAGAUCAAGAACACGCACUAGGUCGAGGUCACGAAGCCGAAGCAAAUCCCGAGACAGGACACGCAAAGGAUCCGGAAGGGAACGCGGCGAAGACUAUAAAAGCUCUCGCAGAGCAACUAGAUCAGACAGCGAUAGCCGUAGAUCAAAGGGGAGGGCCACAGUGGAAAAGAGAGACAGUGAGAGAAGAGGCAGAGAUAUUUCGAAGGGUAGGCGGGAGGAGAGUGCAAGUGAGAGCGCGGAUGACGAGGGGGGCCGUUCUCAAGACGCGGACCGGACGAGCGAGAGCGAGCGGAUUGAAGGCAACCAAGGCACGGAGCGGGCGAGGAGCACAUCGUCGGAUAGAUAUUGGAGGAGGGGCAAAUACAGCCGAGGAAAACGACAGAACAGUGGUUCACUUUCACCAUUCUCACCGAGAGGACUAUCGCCUUACCGAGUGUCGUCUGAAGAAAGCGCGUCGGCGAGUGAGAGCAGCGACAGCAGCAGUGAGGAUGAGAGACGCAGGAGGCGAAGAAAAAAGACAACAAAGAAGCAGAAGAAAAAUACCAAAAAGUCGAAAUCGAAGAAAGAUAAGGGUCUGAGUCGUCCGCAUAAGCAUCUUGACAAGAAGAAGGAGACGGGCGCCCGUAGUAUGAUUACCGGCGAGCUCAUCAAAAUGAAAGUCAAGAAGACCAGCAAGGAGAAAGCGGACGAGAAGAACAGAAGCGAACUGCUCACCUUCCUCAACGAAGCUACGUAGUGACGUGAUAUAGGGUAUCAUAUACGUUCAGCAUAUCAGAUCGAGCGGGGGUAGUAACCAUCGAAGAUCUUUAGCUUUUAUCAACAAACAGGGGUCGAUACUCAUGCCAUGCCAUUAUCCGCCUCACUUUGCAGUAGGAUCGAACAGUCUUCACAGAAAUCGUUUAGGCGCUGGAGUUCUAUGGGAUAUUGUUGCGUUGAGACGCGCAUGUAGCUUGGCUUUUGAGCUCGAUUAAGCUUGCAUCUUGGCAUAAGCGAUAUAGUUGAAUGAGUGAAGUUGAAAGCGCUUUGCAAACUCAGUUUGUCCUCAUAAAAUGAAAUCGCUGGA